AUGCUUCUUGAAUCAUUUCCUCCUCAAAAAAGCUUUGUGACUUUGAUAACCAAAACAACAUCGAAUUAUUUAAGCUCAUGGUGGACAACAGAAAUUGACACCGUCGUGACAAAUACAACAGCAAACCACCUUCUAUUUCAUUUUAAAUCUUCUCAUAUGGGAUUGAAGAGCGAUUUGGAGAUUGCGGAACGAUAA